UUCAAACUCAAACCCCGUCUCUCCUUCUCUCUCUCUCUCUCUCUCUCUCUGCAUGGAGGCCACCAGGUUUCUUUGGGUAAUAUUGGUACUGUAUGGAACGGCAGUGAUACUUAACAAUGCAGGAGUUGAAGCCUCUCACAAGGUCUAUACCGGGUUCGAAUCCGUCGAAGCUGUUCAAGUGAAGCAACUGCACAGAACUGGCUUCCACUUUCAACCUAAAAGGCAUUGGAUCAAUGGUAUUAUAUGGCCAAUGUACUAUAACGGAAUCUAUCACCUGUUCUACCAGUACAAUCCCAAGGGUGCGGUUUGGGGCAACAUUGUGUGGGCCCAUUCGGUAUCGACGGACAUGAUCAACUGGACUUCACUUGAUCCGGCAAUCUACCCGUCCAAGCCGUUCGAUCGAUACGGUUGCUGGUCCGGGUCGGCCACAAUCCUUCCGGGUAACAAGCCCAUCAUACUCUACACAGGGAUAGUGGACCAAAACCAAACCCAGGUCCAAAACUACGCGAUACCCGCCAACUAUUCGGAUCCGUACCUCCGGGAAUGGGUAAAACCCGACAACAACCCCUUGGUGUCCGCGGAUGUCGGCGUGAACGGAUCCGCUUUCCGCGACCCAACAACCGCUUGGUGGGGCAAAGAUGGGCAUUGGAGGAUGGUGGUGGGCAGUAGGAGAAGGCAAAGGGGGUUGGUAUAUUUGUAUAGGAGUAGGGAUUUCAUGAAAUGGACCAAGGCCCAACACCCUUUACACUCCUCCGCGAGAUCGGGUAUGUGGGAAUGCCCGGAUUUUUAUCCGGUUUCGUUGGAUGGCGAAACCGGGCUGGAGACCUCGGUGAUCGAGGGAAAUAUUAAGCAUGUGUUCAAAGUGAGCCUCGAUGUGACAAGGUACGAGUACUACACGAUCGGGACGUAUUUCCGAGAAAAGGAUAGAUACGUCCCGGAUAAUACUUCCGUUGACAGUUGGGCCGGGUUGAGGUAUGACUACGGAAAUUUUUACGCGUCAAAGACGUUUUAUGAUGCGGGUAAAAACAGAAGGAUCUUGUGGGGAUGGACUAAUGAAUCGGAUACUACUCAGGAGGAUGUUCAGAAAGGAUGGGCUGGAGUUCAGACAAUUCCGAGGAAGGUGUGGCUUGAUCCAAGUGGGAAACAAUUGCUACAAUGGCCGAUAGAAGAAUUAGAAACCCUAAGAGGGAGGAAAGUUCACCUGAACAAUCAACAGCUCAAGUUGGGAGAUCGUUUUGAAAUCAAAGGAAUUACAGCUGCACAGGCUGAUGUGGAAGUGACUUUCACAUUCCCAAGUCUGGACAAGGCUGAGAAAUUCGAUCCUAGCUGGGCAGCCAUGGACGCCCAACAGCUUUGCAGCCGCAAGGGUUCAACCAACAAAGGUGGGGUUGGACCGUUUGGGCUCUUGACUCUGGCUUCCGAGGACCUGUCGGAAUACACCCCUGUCUUCUUUAGGGUUUUCAGAAGAGGAGACAAGCACGUGGUCCUCAUGUGCUCCGAUGCAACAAGUUCCUCAUUGAAUGAAAAACCGUAUAAGCCUUCAUUUGCUGGCUUUGUGGACGUAGAUUUAACUGAUAAGAAGCUUUCCCUAAGGACUUUGAUUGAUCACUCGGUCGUGGAAAGUUUCGGAGCAGGAGGGAAAACAUGCAUAACAUCUAGGGUUUACCCCACCGUAGCAGUAUCGAAGGAUGCUCGUCUAUUUGCAUUCAACAACGGCACGGAGAAAAUAACAGUCGAAUCUCUCAACGCCUGGAGCAUGGCCAAUCCUCUUCUCAUGAACUGAGACCAGAUAGAGAAUAGCCCCAGAUCCGUUAUAAAAAUCUAGAAAUAAAGAAACUCCUCUCUCUCUCUCUUGCGUGUGUGUUCUGUGUUCCUAGGUUAGUAAUAAAACUGGGGAACAAGUAGUUGAUUAGCACUCUAAUUAAAGAUGGUUAAUCGGGAAUUAAUUAGUUAAGCUACUGUAUGUAACUAAUUUGGUUUUGAUUAGACUAUUCAAGGAAAGUGAUCCACCUGAA